AUGGCGGAUUGGGAAAAACUCUCACGAGAGCUCCUAGAACUCAUCGCUCAACGGCUAGCCAUAGAAGACUUUCUAGCCUUUGGAGCGGUGUGCACCUCAUGGAGGUCCGUCGCCACCAAGGAGAUGUACGACGCGAAGUCGAAAGUCCCGUGGCUCGUGACUAGUACGUACAAACAAAUGCCUGAAUUAUGCAGCCCCUCUAGAGGGAGAAUUUACCCACUGAAGUCGCCGGGAACUCGAGCCCAGACCUUGUCUCCACGGGGAUGGAUGCUCCUGUCAAACUGGGACCAUGAAUACCGUAUCUUCAAUCCGGUUUCGAGCGUCAGCAUCGAACUCCCUGCCUUGGAGAAGCUUCUCCGCACGUCACGUCUCCACGUGGAAUUCGACAGGCUGAUGCAGCGCAUUUGCGUCUGCUUGAGAAUCGACAGGAUCGCGUUGUCCUCGAGCCCUUCUUUGUCCAGGAGCUACGCUGUCAUGAUCGCUGUGAAUUGGGAUCUUGGACGAGGACGCCUUGCCUUCCACAGAUCAGGAGAAGAUGAGUGGACGGUAGUGAGUCGCCCGGCGGAGACGGGUCCUCCUUGGCCUAAAGUCCUCCAACUGAUUUAUUACGAUGGGCUAUUCGUGGCCUUGGAUGCGGAAAAUCACAUAACGACUCUCAACGAGAGAGAGAGGCGCAUGGAAUCGCGACUAGUCCUAGGGCAGAAUUUCAAAGGUUGGGCGCCGUAUCUCGUCGAAUGUUCGGGUUCAUUGCUGGUGGCUUGGAAGACAAGGGGUGGCAAGGGGAAUAGAUUCCGAGUUUUCGAAGUGGAUUUGGAGAAGGGAACUCAGGAAGAGGUCAAGAGCUUGGGGAACGCGUCUCUCUUCUUGAAUGACAACUCUUCCUUCUCCGUGGAGUUUAACGCUGGGUCUUGCCUUCCCGGAAUCAAGCCAAACCACGUCUAUUACGUAGAAGAGAAGAAGCAGAAGAUUUACAGCAUGGAUAACGGAAACGUCGAGACAUUCUCCGAUGCAACUGAUCACGGUCAUGCAGGCCAAUGGUGCCGUCAUGAACGCCAAUGGUUCCAACCUGAUUUCUGA